AUGCAUUUAUUUCCACUUGCAAACCAACUAGGACUUGGAAGUACAUUUACGUAAUGCAGAAAGCUUAAAAGUGUGAAAAAAUGACAACUUUCAACAUCACUAUUUUUCUGUUUUUCAGCUUCUUUUUGAAAGAAAUUCCAUUGUGUGAAGCUGGUCCAAAAUCAAUACAAGGUAUCAUCAACACUUCUGAAACAACUCCUGUGACCCAGGGAAAUCUAAGAAACCACGUGACCACCAGCGACGGAACUACAACAAGCAAUUCAAAUGUUUCCGUCAGUACUGGAGAGACAUGGGUUACGACUGAAGUGUCAAACAUUUCUUCACUGACACCAUCUGUACGAAGUGAAAAUUCCACAUCUAAUGUAACAGUUUCUGUGACGACUGAAUCAACAGUUGCAGUUAACGCAAGCACUGAUGAUAAUUCAACAUCUUUCUCGGUGACAUCCAGUGGACAGAGUACGUACUCAACAGCAGCAUCCAACACAAUGGAAAUAAAAGGUCAGAUGUCUAUGCUAACCACAACUCCUGCUACAAUGGGAACCAACUCGUUGUCCGUAAUAGCCUUUGCUGUGAUCAUCCUGAUCAUAAUCCUUGUGAUAGUUGUGGUGAUACUCGUCAGUGUCAUCACCCUGAGGUUUAAACAUUGUGGCUGCCAGGAAACACCACAAGAUACAAGUAAGGCACGAAGUGAGGGACCAUCAGAAAGCUCUCAUGCUAAUGGAGAAAAGGAAAGCAUCACUUUGGUUUCUAUGCGAAGUCUUUACACAGAAGCUGGAGGUCAAGAAUCAUCAGUGCAGGGUUAUCUUCAAAAUGAGUCCAAUGAAAUUGAUGAGACUAUAAACAAUUUCAGCAAAUAGAUGAUAUCAAGCUGGUGUAAAAGGACAGAGAUCAAUGCUGUAGAUUUGUACAAAAUAGAGGAACACGGGAAACUUCGUGGUCAUCUUACGGAGUGGGGCAUGGUUCUAUUUGACACUUGUAAUAAAGCAGCUUCUGAAAAAAGCUCCCAUGUAGUAUCAUAAGCUAUUUUUCUAAGGUACUAAACACUGAAAAACAUCACAAAAGUAACAUUUGUACAACUUGUAACUUCAAUUAGUGUAUCUGUUGUUAUGAUGAUAAUUUUGACAUCGGAUAAUAGUGUCAAAAUUAACUGGCGUCCUGUAAAUUUUAAAUAUAAUUUACUUCUUGAAUAUAAAUGUUACAGUGGAAUAACUUAAAUUUGAAGAUUUGAGUUGAUUAGAGCAGGAAGUAAAACUAAACUUCUGUUUUAGAUUCUGUUUAGCCAUCCUGGCAAAACUAUUCAUAUAGCUGCUUUGUAAGGAACAUUGAAUAUGCAUUGCAAUUCAACAAAUACUCAUGUGUGUUCAGGUAAUUACUUAACUAACACAAAUUGAUUUCUUACUUUUCUUUUUGUCUUCUACAAGUAAAUGAAUUCUACAAUAAAACUCUCAAAUAUAAUGGAGCCAAAAUGUUGGUUAUUC